CUGCAGGUCUGCAGCAGAAUGACAGCUUAUAUACUCUUUGAAUGACAGCUGAUUCACGUAGAAUUUAUAAAAAUAUACAAUUCGCAAAAACAAGUUUUAUUACACAAGAAAUCAUGAUAUAGUCAUCCCUUUCUGUACAUUAGUAUUAGUAUGUAAUAAUAUUAAAAGAUAUUGUAUUAUUGUGGUUUUCCUUGAUAUAUAUGAAUCACGAAUAUACCGAAAUUCUAAGUUAUCUUAAGUUGAUGUUAUGAAAACAUCUGUUAAAUAAAUGUUCAAAAAAAAAGUUGUAAAGUUAAAAUGUGUACAAGAGCGCUACCGUUUUUCAGUCAGUGGAGGUUAUGGAUUCGUCCAUUCUUUAUAGCAAGUUAUGUGUUAUUGGUAAUAAUACUUGUACCAUUACUUAUAAUCCAUUCUAUGAAUAAUGGAUUUACUAAGUCAGAUCAAGGUACAUUAGUUGGGGGUGGGUUCGUUCUUUUGGCAGUUCCAAUUUCUAUUUGGCAGAUCACUCAACACAUUGUGCACUAUACCAACCCAUCAUUGCAAAAGCAUAUAAUAAGGAUAUUAUGGAUGGUUCCAAUUUAUGCUUUAAACGCGUGGAUAGGCUUGGAGUUUCCAGAACAAUCAAUUUAUAUGGAUUCAUUGAGAGAAUGUUAUGAAGCAUAUGUGAUAUACAACUUUAUGAAGUAUCUGCUUAAUUAUCUUAACUCUGGCAAUGACUUAGAAGCAGUUCUAGAAACUAAACCUCAGGUGUAUCAUAUAUUCCCACUGUGUUGCAUGGCUCCUUGGGAAAUGGGUAGGGAAUUUGUACACAAUUGCAAACAUGGAAUUCUUCAAUAUACCUUAGUUCGACCAGUUACAACAGUAAUAUCAAUGAUCUGUGACCUCUGCGGGGUAUAUGGAGAGAGCGACUUUAGUCCAAAUGUGGCAUUCCCCUACAUGAUAGCCAUUAAUAAUUUAUCGCAAUUUGUGGCGAUGUAUUGCUUGGUACUCUUUUACAGAGCCAAUAAAGAGGAACUUAAACCAAUGAAACCUAUUGGGAAAUUUCUGUGUAUCAAAGCUGUAGUCUUCUUUUCAUUCUUCCAAGGUGUUAUUAUUAAUAUUUUGGUAUAUUGUGGAGUUAUAUCAACAAUAUUUGACAUAUCUGAUAAAGACAAGAUAAAAAUUAUAUCUUCCAAGUUACAGGACUUCCUUAUUUGCAUAGAGAUGUUCUUAGCGGCGAUUGCACACCACUAUAGUUUCUCUUAUAAACCUUUUGUGUCUCCGCUUGAUCCAUCACCAUCGUGCCUUGGAUCUUUCCUGGCCAUGUGGGAUGUAUCCGACGUAAAGAGAGAUAUAUCUGAGCAUCUAGGCGUAGUUGGAAGUUCCUUUAGUCGAAGAUUGCGUGGUAAAUCCAUGUAUCAUAUGGCAAGGGGUUGCGAUGAAAGUUCAAGAUUAGUCGGAGAACCUGUAUCAUCAAGCUCUGCACCAAACUUGACUGUUGAAGCAACUGAACCACCUUCUGUAGAAGUACGACCUACAAUAUAUGGUUCUAUAGAAAACACUAUGACCAGUCCAAUGAACCCAGAGACUGAACCAUUAAUUGAUAGAGAUGAAAGAAAUAACAUAGAUCCAAUGGCAUGAGCUAUGUAUGUGAUACUGUAAAGGAAUUAUUUUACACAUAAUAAUAUAUAAUCGAUUUAAAAAAUAAGUACAUAAUAGAUAUGAAUGAUUUAAAGUUAACUUAUUGCAUUUGUAAUAGACAAGAUUUCGUAUUAUAUAUUAUACGUACCCAAAAGGUUAAAGCCGUUAUGAAAUUACGUAUAUUAUAUUAUAAAGCAAUUACUUUUUUUUUUCUUUAAAGUCUUAAUUUGUAAAUAGGUAGUAAUUUCCAUCUAAAAGUUUUUUUCUUGUCUAAAAUUUAAAAUUUAAAUGAGUACAAAUUCGUAAAGUUAAUAAGAUAUUAUUACAUGUAAAGUAUAAUAUAAAAAUGUUGAACUUUUGUAAUUUAUUUAAAAAGGAUUAUGUUUAAUUAUCCCUGUGAUUUAUUUGAGAAGAUCUAUUUGAGUACACUAUAUGCGCUUCAUUUGUUUUAGCAUAGUUAUUGAAAUUGUCCGCUUUUUACUUAUGUUAGUUUUUGAUUACUGUGCUCUUUGCACACUUUAUUUUUAUUACUCUCAGUAUCACACAUUUUAACAAUAAAUCUUUCGAACGAAAUACGAUAUUUUGUACGUGAUAAAAGAGUACCUAUAUAAUAAAAUUGACAGUACAGUUUGAUGCUUCAACGAUAAUUAGUAUUGUGCGAUUCAAAUUUACAGUCUGGUCUGAAUAAACGCCAAAACUUACCUUGGACAUCUUUUAAA